AUGCAUCGGCUUUCUACACUCCUCCUGGCCUUAGGGUCGGUCAGCCUGGCAGCCACCACCUCGAAUAACUUCAAUCCCCUCCACCAUCUGGCCGGAAUUUCCCCAUACUUUACACCAAAUGCGCCUCAACUCGACCCCUCGGUACCACAGGGCUGCAAUGUCACCCGCGCAGCUUAUCUUCUACCUCGAGCCAUUCAUCCAGAGCUGCAAAAUACAACACAGGAUUGGUCCAAAGCGGGACGCCUCUCGUUCCUGAGCAAGUGGAGCGCACCCAUCACCGAGGCCCAUAUCGAGAAACUCACCCGAGUCGGUCUGCAGGAGUCGCUGAUGUUAGGCAUCAACAUCCACGACAAAUAUCCAUACUUCAAAACGCCAAAGAACGUAUGGACGUCGACAGCCGAGAGGACCGUCAAGACGGCACAGGGGUUUAUCCUUGGAUACACCGGCAACCAAACGACCCAGAUCAAUGUCACCCAGGUCGGGGAAUACAAGCACGCCGCAGCCAACUCAUUAACCCCGUACGAAAGCUGCCCGGCAUAUAGCUCCAGCUACGGCUCCAAGCAGUCAAGCGAAUUCGUCUCCCACUACACCAAACCCAUCAUCGCGCGCCUCCAAGCACAAACCCCCUCCUUCAACUUCACUUCCGACGACAUCGUAGCCAUGUUCGAGCUCUGCGGCUACGAGACCGUCAUCCGCGGCUCCUCCCCCUUCUGCUCCCUUGACCUCUUCACCGCAACCGAAUGGCUCGCCUUCGAGUACGGAAACGACCUCAUGUACUUCCACAACACAGGCUACGGCCGCGAAUUGUCGCCUGCCAUCGGCUUCCCCUGGCUCAACGCAACAAGAACCAUCCUCGCCGACGAUUCUGCCUCCCAAGACCUCUACGUCUCGUUCACCCACCGCGAGCUCCCGCCAACCGUGCUCACCGCGCUGGGCCUAUUCAAUAACAGCGCCUACACGGGCGCGUACGACGUCAACGCCACCAUGCCCACGGACUCGAUCAACUACGGCCGCGUAUGGAAGAGUAGCCAGAUCUUACCAUUCUUGACGAACAUUGCGAUUGAGAAGAUGGCGUGUGAUUCGUACGGGUAUGAGGACGGGGUGUACUACCGCGUGCUGGUGAAUGAGGGUCCGCAGCCGCUUGUUGGGUGUCGCGAUGGGCCGGGGGAGAGUUGCUCGGAGGAGGCGUUUGGGCGGUUUGUGCAGCAGCGGGGGGAGAGGUAUGGGGAUUUCGGGAAGGCUUGUGGGGUGGAUUAUGACAAUUCGACGGAUGUGUUGUCGAUUUAUCAGUAG